UGUCAAUAAGUUCCUUCCCAAAUUGGCCAUGCCCGUCGGACAAAAAUACAGCCCAGUGCCACCAAAUCCCUGCCUAUCCCGCCGGCGAAUUUCAGUCUUUUCACCGCGCACUUCAAAACUCCUCCAACUCUUUUGAUUUUGGAGCCCAAGGACCUCUCUCUCUCUCUCUCUCUCUCUCUCUCAACCAUAGAGAACAGGCACAACAACAAUGCUGCACGAGCUUCUAUUGGCGCUCUUGGGCUAUACAGGCGAUCUCAUUAUCGAAGAGCGAGAUCACCGCAAAUCCUCCCUGGCACCCGAUUCCGGCGGCGUACCUUUCAAGCUCGCUCCCGAUAUCUCCUUCAUCGAACCCAGUGACCGGGAGCUUAUUGAGAGGAUUGUUACCUUGGGGUUUUACUACAGGGAGCUCGAUCGCUUCUCGACCAAGUCUCGUAAUCUAAGCUGGAUAAGAUCCGCGAAUCCUUCUCCUUCGCCGAGGGAUUCCGAGUUUCCUUCGUCGCAAGUGAAACCGAGCGUCUACCGCAGAGCCAUUGCCAAUGGCAUUGUGGAAAUACUGGCGGUCUACAGGUCCGCUGUGCUCCACAUUGAGCAGAAAUUGUUGGCAGAAACCGUCCCCAUCUUGGCAACUGUGACUCAGGGCCUCAAUAAGUUUUUUGUUCUUUUACCGCCACUAUAUGAGCUUGUUCUGGAGAUCGAGCGUGAUGACAUCCAUGGAGGUCAGCUGCUUAACCUCUUACAAAAGCGGUGCCACUGCGGAGUGCCUGAGUUGCAGACUUGCAUUCAAAGGCUUCUUUGGCAUGGGCAUCAGAUCAUGUAUAAUCAACUUGCGUCAUGGAUGGUUUAUGGGAUUCUUCAAGAUCAGCAUGGAGAAUUUUUCAUUAGAAGGCAGGAGGAUGGGGAAUCUCUUCCAGACAUGUCUGAGAAGUUGGCACGCUUAUCAACUGAUGAUGCAUCUUUAACAGAUUGGCACAUGGGUUUUCAUAUUUCUUUGGAUAUGCUGCCGGAGUAUAUCCAUAUGGGUGUUGCAGAGUCAGUUCUUUUUGCUGGUAAAGCAAUCAGGGUGCUUCGAAAUCCAAGCCCUGCUUUUAGGUUUCGGGAUGCUGUUUAUCAUCUGCAGCUGCCUAGAGGCUCUCAGAAAAUUCAAGGAUUUACUGGCCUUUUUUCCUUCCAUAAGGAGCCUCUCAUGGAUAGUAAACUGAUCGGAGAAGAAUUGCUUCCACAAUCUGAGGCUGAUAAGAUUGAAGCUAUGCUUCUAGACCUAAAGAUAUCAAAGGUAAAGAGCCUGGUUCAUUUUGUGCAGGAAUCAUCUGAGUUUCACAAAAGAUCAUUUGAGUGUGCUGUAGACUCUAUUCGGGCUAUCGCGGCCAGUCAUCUUUGGCAGCUUGUGGUUGUACGCGCUGACUUGAUUGGACAUCUGAAGGCCCUAAAAGACUAUUUUCUUUUAGCAAAAGGAGACUUCUUCCAGUGCUUUCUUGAGGAGAGUCGCCAGUUGAUGCGUUUACCUCCUCGCCAGUCAACUGCUGAAGCUGAUCUCAUGGUCCCAUUUCAGUUGGCUUCAUUGAAGACUAUCAGUGAGGAAGAUAAAUACUUUUCUAGAGUAUCCUUGCGGAUGCCUUCAUUUGGAUUCACAGUCAAAUCCUCCCCAGUAGAUGUACUGAAGACAAAAGAUUAUGCAGAUGGAAACUCAAGUUCUGCUUUGUCGAAUGCUUCUUCAGAAAUAUCCCUUGAUGGUUGGGAUGGCAUUGCCCUUGAAUACUCAGUUGAUUGGCCCUUAGAGUUGUUCUUUACCCAAGAAGUGCUCUCAAAGUAUCGCAGGGUCUUCCAAUAUUUGCUGCGGCUUAAGCGAACACAAAUGGAGCUGGAGAAAUCAUGGGCUUCUGUGAUGCAUCAAGAUCACACAGAUUUUGCCAAACAUCGGAAUGACCGCGUAAAUUGCCCAGUAGCUCAGCAGCGAAGGCAACGGUUUAGACCAAUGUGGCGUGUUAGAGAACAUAUGGCAUUUUUGAUCAGAAACCUUCAAUUUUAUAUCCAGGUGGACGUUAUAGAAUCUCAAUGGAACGUUUUGCAAGCCCAUAUUCAAGAUUCUCAUGAUUUUACUGAACUUGUGGCUUUUCAUCAAGAGUAUUUAUCAGCUUUAAUUUCUCAAUCUUUCUUGGAUAUCGGUUCCGUCUCAAGGAUUUUGGAUGGAAUUAUGAAACUUUGCUUGCAGUUCUGUUGGAAUAUAGAAAACCAAGAAAACAGUUCAAAUACAUCUGCACUGGAACAUAUAACAGAGGAAUUUAACAAGAAGUCAAACUCCUUGUACACUAUAUUACGCAGUAGCAGGCUUGCUGGGAGUCAACGAGCUCCAUUUCUGAGACGUUUUCUUUUGCGUCUAAACUUCAAUUCCUUUUUUGAGGCAACUGCAAGAGGUGUCCUCAAUGUUGUAAGACCACGUCCAGCAUUUCCUGUUCUAGAUCAACAAUAGCACCAAUUCACUCGUCAAGUUUGAUUUUGCGGAUUGCUAAAUACAAGAUGACUGCCAUGUGAGCCCUGGUGAAUCCAUUCGCAGUUGUAUUUUGAAGAUCGAGUGACAAUUAUAUAUAUUCAGCGCUAGGCUGAAGAGAGAUUACGAUUCUCACGUGGUCGUUUCAUUGGACAUUUACAUGGUGCUUCUUCUACCCGGCAUUAUGAUAUGCGUGUAUCGUCAGCUUGAAGAUUUUCCUGUUAAAGUCCUAAAAUCCAUUGAGGCUUCUGGUAGCUGUCAAACUGUAAUGGAUGUGUUCUGCAUUCUCAUCUCAUUGACCAGCUCCAUAGCUUCCAUUUGAAGUUAAGGUUUGGAUUCUGGCAGCGGUUUGUGGUCUUGGGUUAGCUCAGGGCCUAAUGAAAUUAUGGUACGCUUUAUUCUCUCACUUGGCUGUAUGGUAGCGUUCGUGUUAGGUGGAGUGGUUAGUUUGCUGACAUUAGGCGGACUCUAUGGUACUGCGGGCAUUCAGUUGGCGUUUUGGGCGGCUUCUUCUGAUCUUCUGUCUUCGUAGAUACAAAAAACUAAAUUAUUGAUACCUUGAAAAAAUUUCUGGAUAUAUGACUUUAUAUUUAUAUAUAAAUUGAGGGAGAGAAUAUAUUUUU